AGUUCACGCUGAAACCCCACUGGUGACCUUGGUUGAUUUCAUCUCUGUAAAGCCACUUCUCAGAAGCCCAGAGCUUUAGCUCUGCCAAAAUGAAAUGCCCCUUCCAUCUUCUCAUUUCUCUCAUCGUAACAUCUGUGUGUGGUGUCAGCCAAGGUCUGGUGGAUCAGACUGAGAAAGGAGGGGAUGUUUUGAAGUCUGUGGAUCCCCAGUGGGAGCAGUUAAAUAAUAAAAACCUGAGCAUGCCUCUUCUCCCUGCGGACUUCCACAAAGAAAACACGGUCACCAACGACUGGAUUCUGGAAGGGGAGGAGGAUGACGACUAUCUGGACCUGGAGAAGAUCUUCAGUGAAGAUGAUGACUACAUUGACAUCAUUGAUGCAGUUUCCCCGACAGACUCAGAAGCGAGUACCGGGAACAUCCUCCAGCUUUUCCAAGGCAAGAGCCGGAUCCAGCGUCUUAACAUCCUCAACGCAAAGUUUGCCUUCAACCUUUACCGAGCACUGAAGGACCAGGCCAACACUUUUGAUAACAUCUUCAUAGCACCUGUUGGCAUUUCUACUGCGAUGGGGAUGAUUUCCUUAGGCCUGAAGGGAGAGACCUAUGAACAAGUGCACUCAAUUUUGCAUUUUAAAGACUUUGUUAAUGCUAGCAGUAAGUAUGAGAUCAUGACCAUUCAUAACCUCUUCCGUAAACUGACUCAUCGCCUCUUCAGGAGGAAUUUUGGAUACACACUGCGGUCAGUCAAUGACCUUUACAUCCAGAAGCAGUUUCCAAUCCUGGAUGACUUCAAAACUAAAGUAAGACAGUAUUACUUUGCUGAGGCCCAGACAGCUGACUUCUCAGACCCUGCUUUCAUAUCAAAAACCAACAACCACAUUCUGAAGGUCACCAAGGGCCUCAUAAAAGAGGCUCUGCAGAAUAUAGACCCUGCUACUCAGAUGAUGAUUCUAAACUGCAUCUAUUUCAAAGGAUCCUGGGUGAACAAAUUCCCAGUGGAAAUGACACACAACCAUAACUUCCGGCUGAACGAGCGAGAGGUGGUCAAGGUUUCCAUGAUGCAGACCAAGGGGAACUUUCUCGCAGCGAAUGACCAGGAACUUGACUGUGACGUCCUCCAGCUAGAGUAUGUGGGGGGCAUCAGCAUGUUAAUUGUGGUCCCACACAAGCUGUCUGGGAUGAAGACCCUGGAAGCACAGCUGACCCCUCAGGUGGUGGAGAGAUGGCAAAAAAGCAUGACAAACAGAACACGAGAGGUGCUUCUGCCCAAAUUCAAGCUGGAGAAGAACUACAAUCUGGUGGAGGCCCUGAAGUCGAUGGGGAUCACAAUGCUGUUUGACAAAAAUGGCAACAUGGCAGGAAUCUCAGACCAAAAGAUCACCAUCGACCUGUUCAAGCACCAAGGCACCAUCACAGUGAAUGAAGAGGGCACCCAGGCUGCUGCUGUGACCACGGUCGGGUUCAUGCCGCUGUCCACCCAAGUCCGCUUCACCGUCGACCGUCCCUUUCUGUUCCUGGUCUACGAGCACCGCACCAGCUGCCUGCUCUUCAUGGGGAGGGUGGCCAACCCCCUCAGUUCUUAAAGAUAGAGGUCGGGGCAUCUGACGUCCUUUGGGACCACACUAUAAUUCUGUUUUCAUUCCAACAAUGAGAAUAGAGAUGUUUUGGUAUCAUUACUUCCAGGGUUUACGCUACCAAUCCGAAUCCAAGGCCCAUACAAGAGAAGAAAUUUACCAAUGAGAAGCUGGUUGGCAUCAACUCUGCACAGUAAACAAUGCCAUAAGUUCUUAGAAGUUAAUGUAACUGCAGCGUGCCAGCUGUAACUCUGAGGGUCUCAGUUACAGACAGACUGUCCUACCUCCCACCCCCUCCCAGCAAACCUACACAGUGCACCCAGGUACUUCCUUUCCUUGGCAGCCCCCACCUUUGAUCAUCUGGCUGUAUUACUCAAAGCUGUUCUCAACCUGGGCCCCCACUCUGAACAUGGAACACAGAAAUUUGAUUAAUUUAUCACCUGUCCCAAGGAGGGUGCGCAACUAGCACCAUUUCCAAUGCUCAGGGUAGAAAUGACCUCGAGUGGAUACCCUGGCUGUUAGGGCUUAAUUCUCUCAAGGCCCAAAUCCAUGCUAAAUGUCAUCUGGCCCUCUUACUGCAGCCUUACUACUGCCCAGAGGACAGUGUAUACA